AUGUCCAGAGGGAAGGAAAACGGGACAGGAGUCACCGAGUUCCUCCUGCUUGGCAUCACCAGGGACCCGGAGCAGCGUCAAGCCCUCUUCUGGCUCUUCCUGUGUAUGUACCUGGUCACCGUGGCCGGGAACACACUCAUCAUCCUGGUCAUUGGCUCUGAUCCCCGCCUGCACACCCCCAUGUACUUCUUUCUCACCAAUCUCUCCUUUGUUGACAUCUGCUUCACCACUAACCUGAUCCCCAAGCUGCUGGCCAGCCACGUGGCAGGAACGUGGACUAUCUCUUACCCCCAUUGCCUGACCCAGAUGUACUUCCUCAUCUCCUUUGCCAACCUGGAUACCUUCCUGCUGGCAGCCAUGGCACUGGACCGUUAUGUGGCCAUCUGCCACCCCCUGCAGUACCACACCAUUAUCACCCCCCAGCUCUGUAGGGGACUAGCCACACUCACGUGGACGUGUUCGGGCCUCAUCUCCCUGGUCCACACACUCCUCAUGGACAGACUGACCUUCUGCUCCUCUGCCCGGGAGAUUGCCCACUUCUACUGUGACGCCUACCUGCUGAUGAAGAUUGCCUGUUCGGACACGCGGGUCAAUGAGCACGUGUUCCUAGGGGCCGUAGUCCUGUUCGUGGCCCCCUGUGCACUCAUUGUGGUCUCCUACCUCCGCAUAGCUGCAGCUGUUCUCCACAUCCCCUCCGCCCCAGGAAGGCGCAAGGCAUUUUCCACGUGCAGCUCCCAUCUGUCUGUGAUCACCUUGUUCUAUGGAACUGUCCUGGGGGUAUACGUACGACCCCCCAACUCCUUCUCAGUCCAGGACACAGUAGCAACCAUCAUGUACACAGUGGUGACCCCCAUGCUAAACCCCUUCAUCUACAGCCUGAGGAACCAGGACAUGAAGAAGGCUGUAAGAAGACUCUUUGGCAGGGGCUCCAAAUCCUCUUAG